AUGAAUGAAGGGUGUACCCAGGCCGCAGACCAUGCACUCGGCACAACGACAAACGCGGACUCCGCCGGCUCCGCGACCACCGCCGGCGGCUCUGCGACCUCUGACGACGCGACAGCUGGCGCGGCGGCAUCGGACCUCGUGGCGCUGGCGGUGGACGCGAAAACGAAGCAGGAGAUAAAAUCUCUCGCGCCGCUGUUGGGCGCCGCGGACCUGACGGGCGUCGACAAGCCCCCCGAACGCGCGUCGUACUUAACUAAAGACGCGUUCGCGGCGGCGGCGCGAAAGUGGGUCGCGCAGGUGAAGCGGCGCGUGCAGGCGGUGCAGAAGCUGAUUCGGGCGGGGGGGGGAGGCGGAGGGAAGGGGCGCGGAAUAAGCAAGGGGAACAGCGCACGCGGGAACGCCACUGCUGUUGACAAAAGUCUCGGCUACACCCCCCCCACCACCAAGGACCUCAAUCCCACCAAGCUGCCAAAUCUCAACACCGUCUCGCGCUACCUCACCGUGGGUCUCACGCUCGACCAAACUUCCCAGAAGCUCACGUGGUCCUUCCCACCCAGCGCGGACCACCGCCCGCUGCUCUUGCCUGACGACAACUUCGACCAGGGCAACUGCGGCUCCUGCUGGGCGUACGCUGUAGCUCGGGCGAUUCAGGGCGCGUAUGGUGCCGUGACAGACACGUACCCCGAGGGGCAGCCGCUGUCCGUGCAGCAGCUCGUGGACUGCACUGGCUCUGCUGCCUCCUGCCGGGGGGGUUACCCUGAGGCAGCGCUGCAGUACGCGGCGAAGAACGGGCUGCAGUAUGAGCAAGACUACGCGUAUACGGGAGCCACCGGCAAGUGCAGCGCGAACAAAACGAUGGUGCCACUGCCGGGGCCGCUGGGGCUCAUUCUCGCGCUGCAGAAGCAGCCCGUCAUCGUCACCAUCCGCGCCUCUGCGCAGGACUUUAUUGACUACUCGGGCGGUAUAGACCAGGGCUGGGGCUGCUACAACCCUGUGGGAACCGUCUCGGGUAGCGGGGGCGGACGGGCCAUGGCGACCGCUACAGCCACCAACAACACGGGGCUGCUGGACCACGUGAUGCUGGCCGUGGGGUGUCUCUAUGGGGAACAACACGGCUCCUCUUUCCUCCCCUCUUCCCUCCCUACCCUCUUCCUUCCCGUCUUCCCUCCCCUCUUUCCUCCCCUCACAGGAAGGCAUAUACGAGGGGUGGGGCUGCUACAACCCGCUGGGAACUGUCGCAGAUAG